AUGAACUCGGCAACUUUCGUCUUUUUCUACGCAUUCGCUUCAAUUUCUGGUUUUACGGACGGAGCCGCUUGCCGUCUUCCAUGGUCUGGUGUCUGGAUCAAAGGUGAUCGUGAGCUGAACAUCACACAACAUUCCCUGGGCUCAUUAGGAUCAUGUCGAUCGAAGAACAACGAUCAAUACCUGUUGAGCAGUUCGACGGAUCGAGGCGAAUGUUUUCGAUGUCUGAUUGUGUUUCCAGUUCAUGAAAAUGUCCUCCAGUAUAAAACCACUCAAUGCAUUUUCGACUCAAGUAUGACGUUGGAACGAUGUCGAUAUCAUUUUAGCGGUGAUACCACAAUGCAUACUUUAUUCAGGAAAGAUGCCUCAACCGUACAAUGUCCUAUCGAAGCUCCACUCAACUUCACCUAUCAUACUAGCGGAGGAGCAUGUAGUAGUCGUAUCUCAUCCAUAACCAGAUGUUCCGAAUGGGCACGGCUUUCGUUUCGCUACCAAGCAUGUCCGGAAAAUCCUACCAAAGAGGCUUCAGUAUCCGAAGUGGAAUGUAUCGCAUCAUGGCACACCCUCGGUCAUACGUUCUUCGCCGCUCGGGUUGGAAAUCGUCGUGGUGAAUCAUACAGAUGCUUUAUAAUGGAUCAAACGGGAACUUCGGGCCGAAUAGGAAUAUCUGCUGAUGCCAGUUGUCAAGAGUUGACACAUAUUGGUGCCGCCACGACCACGUUACAUUACAAACAAGACCAUAAAAUUCAUCCACAAUGUGACUUUCCUGAAUAUCUACAUGCCACAAUGGGACGAAUACGGCAAACAUGGGAGUCGAUAGUGACAGGUCGUAGGAAUGUAAUCCAGAAUGGUCACUGGAUCUCAUCGUACAAGGCUAAGAACGACUCAGUCUGGACGUGUUUGGAAAGUAGACGUCUCGAAAAUUUUGUGGCUAUUCGCGCACAUGUGAAACGAGGUUGCCAAACCGGUUAUCAAUGUGUCCAGUUUCAUCGACGUGGAGAACGUAUGGUUCAGCUUAGUUUUGGACAAAUCAGCCAUAAUGAGUACGAGGAUUGUAGCGAAAUGACUGUCGAGACACGAGAUACGCUGGUAUUACACGGUGCACAGGAAGAAUGUCCUCUUCGUGGACGAUAUUUGUCACCGAAAUGUCAACAUCCAAUGCUUUACUUAGGUUGUCAGAAACCAGAUGAAUUACAGAUCUCAACGGAAUGUAACCCCAUACAGAAAGAGGCUGACGUAUAUUCAUGUGCUGCUCAUUUUGAGCAUGGAGAUGAUCAUUAUUUAGUGGUUAGAGACGAGCUUUCUACUCAACUACAAUGUUUGAAGAUCCAUACAUCUAACGAUAUCUCACUGACGAUAUUUGAUCACGUUUCGUGUGAUCCUCAUUCCACCACAGCUUCGUUACCGUCGUUUGUGUUGAAUGUGUCGAACACAGAAAGAUGUGAAUCUUCACUCCUUGCUGGCUUUCUCUACUCCUCAAAGAGUUCACCACAAAUCCACGAAAUCUCAUCGAGUUUGAUUGCAAGCUUACUGGUGCUGAUUAUGCUUUCUUAA